UAUGUAACCGGGAAUUACAUUUAUUUUUGUUUGUUUGUUUUUCCAUUGUAUCAUAGUUUUCUUUUACAUUUCGAUAUUUCUAUUAACUCAUUUUGCUGCUUAACAUUAUAUACAUCACCAGAAGAAUAUAUAGUGGACUAUAAGCAAAAUAGGAAGCUAACUGGGAUUGAGAGCCUGAGACGUCAACCGGAAGUGGAAAGGAACACAGUCCCUGUUACUGUGCUUCUGUACAGCAGAGAGGUUGAAGCGAAGCUAAGGCUCGAUGUCGUAUUUCAUAUUGAUGGCAGUCAGACAAGAGGGAUAAUAAAAGUCUCAAUAUGGGAGAUGAUGGCAUGGACUACAACAUAGUUUUUCCGGAGCCAGAGAUCUCAGAGAAAUUCUGGCGUGGAUUGAAGCAACCGGUCGUUAUCCUUUUAGGCUGGGCUGGCUGUCGAGACAAGCAUCUAUCAAAGUACAGCUCAAUUUAUAACGAUCAUGGAUGCAUAACUGUCCGCUACACGGCCCCUUUAAAGACGGUGUUCAUCUCUGAAUCGUUUGGGUACAAGGAACUCAGAAGCACAGCACACAGACUGCUUGAGAUCCUGUAUGACUAUGAAGUGGAGAACAACCCAAUCUUCUUUCAUGUGUUUAGUAACGGUGGCUUCAUGCUCUACCGCUAUAUGGUGGAGCUCCUGCAGAGCCACAAGCAGUUCAGCUCGCUGUAUGUGGUUGGCUCGGUGAUGGACAGCUCACCAGGAAACUUGAAUGUCAUCGGUGCCCUACGAGCUCUCAAAACCACACUGGGAACAAAGGUCAAUGUCCUGCUGCGCUAUCUCCUCUUGGCUCUGUUUGCUGUAACCGUGUUCCUGCUCAGAGUCGUCUUAUACCCUGUGACCAAACACUUCCACAAGAACCACUACGAUGCCAUGAAGGAGUGUCCGGCGCCUUGGCCUCAGAUGUACCUCUACUCCAGAGCAGACCGAGUGAUCAGGUAUAGAGAUGUAGAGAAGAUGGUGAAAUCACUUCAGGAGAAAGGGGUCCAUGUGGAGAGCUUCGACUUCAUCACACCGGCUCACGUCAGCCUGUUUCGAGACUGUCCCGAUGAUUAUUCGAACAGGUGCCGGACAUUCCUGAAGAUCUGCAUGACUAACUGUGAGGAGUUAAUGAAGAAACGCCUGUGAAUGUUCUACACUGAUUAUAUGAUAGGGUUGGGUGAUAUGGGGAAUAAAAAUCUCACAAUACUGAUAUUUUAAGAUAUUGUCAUGAUGCAUAACAUGCAUCAUGACAAUAUCUAAAAAUCUCACAAUACUGAGAUUUUAAGAUAUUGUCAUGAUGCAUAACAUGCAUCACAAUACUUACACGCCAGCAGAAUAAUAAUGCAAUUAAAAGAAAAUUAUUUCAGUGGUAAUUGAAUCAAAAGUCUAGAAAGGAAUUUAACAUGGAAUAAUAUAACACCUGUUAGCUACUAAUUACGGGGGGCACGGUGGCUUAGUGGUUAGCAUGUUCGCCUCACACCUCCAGGGUCGGGGUUCGAUUCCCGCCUCCACCUUGUGUGUGUGGAGUUUGCAUGUUCUCCCCGUGCCUCGGGGGUUUCCUCCGGGUACUCCGGUUUCCUCCCCCGGUCCAAAGACAUGCAUGGUAGGUUGAUUGGCAUCUCUGGAAAAUUGUCCGUAGUGUGUGAUUGCGUGAGUGAAUGAGAGUGUGUGUGUGUGUGCCCUGUGAUGGGUUGGCACUCCGUCCAGGGUGUAUCCUGCCUUGAUGCCCGAUGACGCCUGAGAUAGGCACAGGCUCCCGGUGACCCGAGGUAGUUCGGAUAAGCGGUAGAAGAUGAAUGAAUGAAUGAGCUACUAAUUACUAUUAUUAACCAUGUAGCUGGUGAGUGUUAUAAAAAUAUUAGCAGAUUAUCUAAGAAUAUUGUGUUUUUCCUGUAAUUAAUGACAAUGUUAAUAGUGUAUAAUCAGAUUGCCCAGACCUACCGUAUUGUGUUCUUACUUAAAUAUUUUAAGUGAUCUGAAACUACUGUAAAGUGUAUAAAUCCCCAUGUAUAAUUAGUACUGACUGACUUUUAUAUAAGGUUUGACUGAACGAAGUGUUGCAUUCAGUAUUUGUCUAUUAAUGUGAAUUAAAAGAUUUUAAUUUAAGAUUAUUUUAAAUCUACUGAGCAUCCUUGAUCUUAUGUGCCUUCCUGAAAUAAAAACAAAUUUCACUG